UGUGGGGACUGCUCUUUUCAGCUGCUGCCUGCCUGAAGAUAAACAACACUGAGCCGAGAGGAGCUGAGCUGAGGACGAGGACCCUUCCCUUCCCAUCACCUCUUGCAGCGAGACGAGACCAGACGAGACGCUCACCAGGACUCCAUACAGCACAGUUCUCCUACUGAUCACAGUUUGCUGCUGAUUUUUCUGCUCCAAGUUUCCCUGCGGUUGUGGACUUGAACGCCCUACUACUCUAGACCAGCGCCAUCAUGCCGAGCAAACUCGAGGCGGCCAUGGACUCUCUCAUCACGGUGUUCCACAACUACUCGGGCUCCGAGGGGGACAAGAACAAACUCAACAAGGGAGAGCUGAAGGAGCUGCUGAACAGCGAACUCACAGACUUCCUACGGUCGCAGAAGGACCCGCUGCUGGUGGAGAAGAUCAUGUCUGACUUGGACUCCAAUCAGGAUAACGAGGUGGACUUCAACGAGUUCGUUGUGCUUGUAGCCGCGCUCACCGUAGCCUGUAAUGACUUUUUUCAAGAGCAACAGAGCAAGAAGGCAAAGUAAUGGGGCCAAUCGGGUUGAUUUUCUUUCUUUUUUUUUUAGUGUAACUAACUAGCCCAACCUUUAGCUACAAUAUCAUCCUAAUAGAUGUCUUAGGUCUUCAGAAUCUCCUCUACUGGUUGUGCCUAGGGUCUAGUCUAGACAGGGCGUAAUGGCAUUUAGUCAUUAUACUGCAAAAUGCUGGAACCAGCUUCCUGUCCAUAUUACAACUGCCCCAACAGUAUCUUGUUUUAAAAGUAAAUUAAAAACAGCCCUUUUCUCAUCUGCCUUUGGUGAUCAUGAG